AUGGCCUCAGACACUGCUGAAAUGCUUAAAGAAAACUUCUUGGAAUUUUUCAAAGAUAGUGAGUCUUUUAACCUAUCACCUACUAUCUCUUCCCUAUUGAAAGAAAUAGAAGCAGAAUUCUCAGAGUACAAAGGAUUCUGGUCACCUCCACCUGUUGAGUCCCUACGUGAUUUGUACCAACUGGAUCAUGCAAUUGCCGAGUGUCGUGCAAACAAGAAAACCUUCUCCAUGUUCUCACGUUUUGAUCCAGUGGAACGUGCCAACGAGAACGUGUUGAAAAGUAUCAAGAAGAAUCUCCAUGACGUGAGGAACUCCAAAAAUGAUAUUAAUGAAUACUCAACCUUCCCCUUGUUCUCUUCAUGCAGGUACCCCACAGGAAAUGAUGCACCAGACCUUUCAGUAUUCGAUAAAGAAAUGGAAAAGAUUGUGACAUGGCUUGAAUCCAAUAAUGGGUUCAAGGCCAUUGGUGUUCAUGGAAUGUGUGGCACGGGAAAGACCACUCUUGCCAAAAUGGUUCUGAGUGAUUCACGAGUCAAAGACAAGUACAAGAAGUCCAUAUGGGUGUGUUUGUACGACUUGCAAUCAAAAGAAGAAAUGGAUAUUAGGAUUGUUAAGGAGAUGUUGGCACUUUUGGAUGAUGAUCCUGAUCUAUUGGCGGAGGAACCUGAAGAUAAGUGGCUGGUGAAAAAUCUUCAUGAUAAACUCUUGGAUCAGAAGAAGUACUUGAUUGUGUUGGAUGCUGUGUGGCAUUGCAACGAUUGGUUUAAUAAUUUGUUCUGUGUUGAUCAAGAUGGUGGUGAUACGAGCAAAGAACUCUUUUCCCAAGCCUUGCCCAAAGAAACUGGUGGUGCUGUCAUUGUCACCAGCAGACAAAAGGAAGUGACUACUAAAUUGGUGCGUGAAGAGAAUUUGAUUCAUCUUAAGCCUUGGGAUGAUGAAAAAUUGAAGAACUUUGUGAAGAAGUGUUUGAAAAACCAAGAUAAAAUCACUGAGGAAAACAUUAACUGUGUUGCUUAUCAUUGUCAUGGUAUUCCUUAUGUUGCUGCAACCAUCUCAGGUUGGAUAGCUAAGCAGAUCACCAAAAAGUCAGAUUCUAAUUGA